AUGUUGAAGUCAGGCGUAAGCUUCAAAAGGGGCGAUAUCAUCGUCACGGACACCACCCUGGCACAUGCUGUCGCGGAAUCCGAGACUGCCAACUAUUGCGCCUACUGUGUAACCGCGUCAGACCAUCUGUUACGCUGCGCCCAGUGCAAUCGCGUCUACUACUGCAACCGUCAGUGUCAAAAGGCCGGCUGGGCAUUCGGUCAUCGCGGUGAAUGUAAGUUGAUCGCAAAGGCUGGAAAAUUGCCGUCUGCUACACUACGCCUUCUCCUUGCCCUCAUCACCACGGAGAAGUACAAGGAUGCCUCCAUUUUCGACUCCUUCGUAUCGCACCUCGACGAAAAUCUCAGGGAUCCCGAAACCAAGUCGAAGAUAGACUUCGCUUACGCCGGCCUCUUAAUCUUCUCCCAGAAGACUCUCCAGAUCUCACGAAGUGACUUUGAAGUACUCUUUUGCAAAGUUUGUUUUGCUCCCUUCCUCUGUCGAACUCUGUUUGCUAGGUCAAAAUAA